AGUGUGAGGAUGACAGAAUUUUAUUUUUGGGGUGAACUAACCCAUUAAAGGAAUAACCGCUUGAGCGGCAAUGUUCUGAACACGGUAACACUAGUAAUGCCACCAGGCUUCUGCUUCUGCACAUGCUCAGUGUGUUUCCCCAUCACAUCACGCAAAAUCAAACGGAGCAGCCCCUCCAGCCGCCUCCAGGAACCGAUGCUCACGCAUCUGCGACACCUGCAGACGUGUUCUCAGCCUCCCCUGUCCCAGCAGCCGUUUUCUCUUUCCGUGUCUAUCGCUCUCCCUCUUUUUGCUGUCUCCAUGCGAGCGUUUUGAGUCGUUGUUUGCGGACAGUGCUGGAAUCAGGAGCGGAGGGACAUCAUCAUGUCGUGGGCACUAGAGGGAUUUCUCUGAAAGCUGCAUUUGACAAUGGAGUUCAACUCUUCAUCUGUAUUUGAGCAGCACAAAGAAGCUGCUGAGGAGGUUGAUCUGAAUGUGGUGUACCAGGCGGCAGCUAACGGCGACGUCAACACGCUGACCGCCACCAUACGAGAGGACCCGUCCAUCCUGGAGUGCUGUGAUGGCGAAGGCUCCACACCUCUGAUGCAUGCUGUGUCUGGGAGACAGGUUGAUACUGUGAAACUGCUGCUGAAGAUGGGAGCUUCUAUCAACACACAAGAUGCCUGUGGACGGACGUCCCUCUCUCUAGCAACAUACCUUGGUUGGCUGGAAGGCUGUGUGUGUUUGCUUCGGAACGGGGCAAAACAGAACAUUCCCGAUAAGAACGGACGCUUGCCAAUUCAUGCUGCUACUGCUGAAACUGACUUCAGGCUCAUGGCUGUGCUGCUACAGCAGUCAACACUGUGUGAAAUCAAUCAUCAAGACAAUGAGGGAAUGACAGCUCUUCACUGGGCUUCUUUCCAUAACCGACCAGAGCAUGUGCAGGCCCUGCUGCAGAAAGGAGCUGACCCGACGCUUGUGGACAAAGACUUUAAAACAGCGCUUCAUUGGGCUGUGCAGAGUGGCAGCCAGUUAAUGUGUUCCCUCAUUCUUGACCAUAAUCUGGGCUCCUCUGUGAUCAAUUAUGAUGAUGAAAAUGGGAAGACCUGUGUUCACAUUGCCGCCGCUGCAGGUUUCAGUGACAUCAUCUAUGAACUGUCUCGAAUUCCUGAGACCAACUUGCAAGCUUUAGACGUGGAUGAACGGACCCCUCUUCACUGGGCUGCUGCAGCAGGUAAAGAUGACUGUGUGCAGGUAUUGUUGGAGCUGGGAGUGGAGCCCAACCCUCGAGAUAUUAACGAGAAUACGCCCCUCACAUACGCCAUGUACUGUGGUCAUACUGCAUGCAUUAAACUCCUCUCCACUGAAAACAGGUCUGAUUCAAGCAGGCCAAUGCAUGCUCAAAACAGUGACCCUUCUAUACGCAAGGAGGGGAAAUUUCGCAUGCUGAAUCACAUCUUCUGCAAGAAGAAGAAAGAACUGCAUCCUUCUCAGCAGAUAGACUUGAGUCAAGAAUGUCAGCUCAAAGAAGAGACGUCUGAGGUGGACGACAUCAUUACUAUGUUCGACUGUGUUGUUGAACCAUUAGCCAGAGAUGAGAGUGAAAACAGCUCUACUGUCAGAAAACGAAAUAAUGCAUCUGAGAAAGCCCACCUCAUUGAGGACACAUCCAGCAAAGACUUCAUAAGUCUCCCACCCAUACGCACUCAGAGUCUUCCUCCAAUCACUCUAGGUAAGUCUUUGCUGGCAAAUUCUCAGACUUUGGCCCACAAGACCAGUGGAGGUCAUGUGGUAGGACAUUUAGCACACAGGUCGCAGAAGAGCAAGAGCGAGCACGACCUUUUUGAUGGUAAAACUAAAGACCAAGCUUUUGGGCAUGCAUGGAAGACUGAAUCCAGUCAGAUACUGACUCACAAAGCAUGGAUCUCAGCUCCAUCUGAAAGACUGCUUGACAAGCUGCUGCAUGGAACUUCAAGUCCUUUAGACGUGCUGUGCUCAAAUCACUCACCGUACAUACAGAGAAAUGACCAAGCUCAAAAUCAUCUUUUACCUCUGAGGGUUAGAGAAACUGCUCUCACACGCAACAGUCUUGCUCCCAUCCGAGACCACUGUACUCACAGAUUUUCCUUACCACCGGACCAGGUCUCCCAGGGAGUGAAGAAGUCAAAAUCCUCUCUAGGAGCGAGUCUGGCCGUACUUCCACCUCCGUUUGCAUCCAAACUGCAUCGAUCCGGCAUUCCCCAAAGCCAGUCGCUCGGUUCCUUCCCGACUCCACUGACAGGAGAACCGUUACGGAACAUUCAAGUUCUUCCAGCCAUUCCGCCACAAAGAAAACGCAGCCCAUCUCCUCUCACGACCCAGAGGCCGGAAUAUCACUCUGAGAGCAGAAACUAAUAGAAAUUUGGCUAAAAUAAGCAAACAAUUGAAAAUUGUAAUACUGUUCAGCUUUUCAUGGGUCGUUUGGAUUCAUUUCAAUCACGAGGACACUGAAGUAUCACUGUUUGAUAAAAUUACUGAGUCUUAACAGGUUAUUUUUUCAUACGAUUUUACAGCAAUGACCUUUUUCUAUGGUAUGCAUAUGGUUGAACUUUUAAAUGUAAACACAUGCUUUAAGCUUAUUGUUUACUGUUAUUAAUAAAGGAAACUGUUGAAGUA